GUUUCUCUAGCCCUACUCUAAUCCGCAAAUAACGUAAAUGUAGAAGCGGGUAGGGGUGAUUAUUGAUGUUCAAUAAAUGUGAGGAAACUUACAACGCCGAGAGAAAAUGGGGUUAUUCGAUCGUUUAGCGAACCUUUUAGGUCUUAGGAAAAAAGAAGUAAACGUUUUAGUAGUGGGCCUUAACAACAGUGUUAAAAAUGUCAGUUUCACCGCGUUCGAUAUGUCGGGUCACGACCGUCACAGAUCAUUAUGGGAGCAUUAUUACAAAGAUUGCCACGGGAUCAUCUUCAUUAUUGACAGCAGCGAUAAACUGCGACUGGUUGUUGUGAAGGAAGAGCUGGACAUGCUCCUGCAGCAUCCCGACGUUGCAGGACGCAAGAUACCCAUUCUCUUCCUAGCGAACAAGAUGGACCUGCCCGAUUCUUUGACCACCAUAAAAUUGGUCGCUGGACUGGGACUCGAGAGAAUACAAAAUAAACCCUGGCACAUACGGGCGACGAAUGCAUUAACUGGCGAGGGCCUACAGCCAGCGAUCGAGUGGCUGACGGAUCAAAUUCGCGAUAUAUACAUCAAUAAGAGAUAA